AUGGCUACUGAUACUGAUCAUAUGCGUCCAGCCUCUGUGCUGACUAGGGGCGUACAAAUUACAGAAUUUAAAGAAACCAAUGUGAAUCCUGAACCAGUGUUUUUAGAAGAGUCGGAUGUUUUACUGGAACAGUAUCUUUCUCCAAGGAAAUUAAAAAUGUUAACAGGGGUAGAUAAUUUAGAGGAAGUGACAUCAUUAGAAUUAAAAGUAAAUACCACAGAAACUAGUUUAGGAAAUUUCGGUUCGUUAUUACCGAAUUUAACCCAGUUAAAAAUGUCAGAUAGUGUAAUACAUUCUAUAAGAGAUAUAGGGUCCUCAUUAAGAGGUGUGCGUGUAUUAUGGAUGUCACAAUGUGGUUUAAAUGAAGUAGAUGGUAUAUCCUCUAUGACAAGCUUACAAGAGGUGUAUUUACCAUACAAUGAAAUCUCUGAUAUAAGCGCACUCAGUAUGUUAGAUGAUUUACAGAUUUUAGAUUUAGAGGGUAAUAACAUAGAUGAUAUAGCUCAGAUGCAGUAUUUAGCUUUAUGUGAUAAAUUAACAAGGUUAACUAUAGAGGGAAAUCCUGUUUGUACCAUGAGAACUCCAGAUAGCGAGGAGCAAAACUAUAACUAUAGAGAAGAGGUUCAGAAGAUUUUACCUACUGUUGAAAUAUUAGAUGAUGAACCCUUAGUCUCUGGAUCUCAACCCUCCAUGUCUAUCAAUGCUUUUGAUGCUGAUUGGGAAUAUUUAGAAGAACUUCAGAGAGAUUCCUUAUUUCAAUCUCCAUCAGAAGUUCCUGAAGAAACAGCCACUUCCAUAGAAUCCACUCCAUUACGUCCAGCAACAGCUUACAGACCUGGUUCAGCACUACGACCUUCAUCAGGAUUCCGUCCUUCAUCAGCUUCUAGAAGACCUGCCACUAUCAGUGGUAGACCCUCAACUAGUAUCCGUCCUACAACAGCUUUUGCUGAACGUCCAGUGUCUAGUGAUGCUAUAGAUGGUAUGAAAGAUGGUGGUGCAAGUGUUUUAACACAAGGUGGCGUUAUUUGUGGUAAUCCAUCCAGAGCGUUACGAGAGAGAAGAAAAAUAACACAAUCAAAAGAUGAAGUAGAAACAGACCAGCAAGAAUAUAAUGAUGAUAUUGAUAAAGAAAAUGAUAAAAGUAUAGUUGAUGAGUUAAAAGAAUGGAGACAAGAUCAUAGCAAACGAAUAGAACAGAUCCAAGCAUCAAAGAAGGCUCAAGUAUUAGUGAUAGACCACAAUGAUAUUGUUGAAGAAGAUGAAGAUGCAGAACUGAACAGUCCACCUAAAUCAGUCAUCAAUUUAAAAAUCACAGAAAAACAGAUGAGGCAACAAAAAAAGAAAUCUUCAGGAUAUGGAGACAAGCAAGAUGAAAGUUUUGAAUGUAUAGAUGGUGAAAAUGAGACAAUUCGAAACAUGCCCAUGACUUCCAACAGUCCUCUCAUCAGCACCAACUCUUCCAAAUUAGGGGAUAUGCCAUCUCCAGUACCAAAGACCAAAUCAGACAGAUAUUCUAAAUCCAGUUUACAUCAUAAUAACCCUCAAAGAAAUGAACCCCUCCCCUCUACAUCACAUAAUGUUAUACCAGCUUUAUCUCAACCUAGACCCUUGAUUAAGGGUGAAACUAGAAUGAGACGACAACUUCCUCAAGUGCCAAGUUUACCAUCAAAACCACCUGCACCAAGAGUGUAG